AUGCAGUUCAAAACCGCUACUAUCGUUGCCUUCGCGGCUUCGCUCGGCGGUAACGUCUUCGCCAGUGCGGCUCCGGUUGCCGACGUCGCUGUUCCUGAAACGCCGACCAGCACGAGCCUGGAGAUCCGCGAGAUACUGGCAGACAAGACUGUUUCGCUGGGUAAGCGUGACGGUGGUUUUCUAGGCUCCUGCAAAGCUUCGACUGUAGGAUUCGACAUCUGGGAUAAGGGUAAAACCUGGCUCAUUGCCGAAUGCCGAACCCUUGAUGGCGCGUGGCGCUCGUCGAAGCUCAACAUGAACCGGUGCUUUGUCAACGACAAUGGGUACCUGCAGUUCCGCCAAAAUGGAGGGUAUGGGGGCUCGUGUGACGUCGCUGGCAGCUAUAUUACUGCGGAUAUGUGGUUAGGUAUUCGCUGCAAGAACGUGCAGGGAGAAUUGAUGCCGAGCCGGGAAUACAGCCUCAAUGCUUUCAUCACCAAUGCUUCUGGCCAGCUAAUGUGCUUUGGUGGCAGCACCUGA